GAUCGAUCAUGGGGAACGAGGCGAGCCUGGAGGGAGGCGAGCUCGGGCCGGCGCCUGGGCUCCCGGAGGGGCUGGCACCCGACGGGAAGGGGGGGUUCGUGCGGGUCUCGGACGGGACUCCGGUGAACCUGAGCGAGCUGAGCGAGGAGGAGAGGAGGCGGCUGUCCGCGGCGGUGUCAAGGGCGCAGGGCAGGCAGCCCGGAGCUCCAGCACGAAGACCGUCAGAAUCUGAUGCUCAGCAACAUUACCAGCAGGCAGGGGCCUCCAGGGGCCCAGCGGGCUUGAGUAAAAGCAGAACUGUUGACGCCUUCAGCCAGGGUCCGCCUGGCAAGCCCACACCGGGCCGGAGCCCCUCAUCCCUCAGCCUCUUUGAAUCCAGAUUCCGGCAAGAACCAAAGGGGCCUGAGACCAAGUCAACAGGCAUGUUUGGCUCCAGCUUUCUCAGUGGGGCCAAUCCCCUCAGUGCUAUGACUUCCUCCAUAUCGUCCAUGGGCGAUGCUGUCAACAUCCCUAAGUUUGGCCUGUUCGGGGACGACGACGAGGGAGACUCAGCAAAAACUGAGUCCAGACAGGGAGGGAAACCACCAGGGAAAGGCCCUCAGCAGGCACCAGGUCAAAAAGGACCACAGCAGGGAGGACCACAAAAACAACAUCAGGGCCCUCCUGGGCAGGGACCACAACCAGGGCAAGGACCCCCUGGCCAGGGAUCUAGACAAGGUCAGGGUCCACCAGGUCAAGGACCUAAAUCAGGCCAAGGACCUCCUGGUCAGGGACCAAGGCAGGGUCCAGUAUCUAAAUCAGGUCAAGCACCUCCAGGACAAGGCCCUUCUGGUCCCAAACAAGGUCAAGGACCCAAAUUGGAUCACGGUCCUCCUGGUCAAGGACACUCUGGACAGUCCCCUAGGCAAAGUCAAGGACCAGCAGGACAGCAGGCACCCAAACCAGGCCAGGGCGGACCUCCUCAACAAAAGAGUGGUCCUCCCCAACAAGGACCUGCACAACCUGCAUCCAAAGGACAACAAGGCCCAGGGCCCCAUUAUGGGGAGCCAACGAAGGUUGCUGGUCCUCCUGGUCAACAGGGACCUAAAAAACCAGCAGGUGGACUCUGUCCAUUGUGCAAAACCACCCAGCUGAACACUGGAUCUAAGGACCCACCAAAUUACAACAACUGCACCGAGUGCAAGAACCAGGUCUGCAGCUUGUGUGGGUUCAGCCCCCCAGACUCAGCGGGUAAGGAGUGGCUGUGUUUAAACUGUCAGAUGCAGCGAGCAAUGGGAGGGAUGGAUCCUCCUGGUGUGUCAAAGCCCAAGCAAGGCUCAGCUCCACCCUCGCCUCAGAGACAGCCGGCUGGCAAGCCUGAAAAGCUGCUGAUAAAGCAGCAAAGCACCACUGACCAAGGGUUGACACCACCGACAACACCGAGGCAGAAAUCCCCAGGUCCUUCCUCUCCGGGACCUCUUUCCCCAGGCUCAUCAACUGCAGGGUCCCCAAAAAUUGACCCCAAGACAGGUCGCCCUAUUCAGCAGAAGUCUAGUCCCCAGGUGUCCCCGGCUAAAGCCAAACAGGAGUCUAGCUUCUUCGGGGGCUUAGGGGGUAUCAGUCUAGGAGGCUUCACAGAUGCAGCUAAGCCUUCUGCAGCUACUGCACAAGCUGCCGAGUCUGUUACAGGAAAACUGUUCAGUGGUUUUGGUGGGUUGAUGGAGUCGUCAAAACCUCCGGCACAGGCUGCUCCAAAACAAGAGGAGUCAGUGGCUGGGAAGUUGUUUGGAGGUCUGGGAGGGUUGACGGAGUCCGCUUCCGCUAAACCACCUGCUGCUGCAUCUCAAAUGUUCAGCUUCGGCUCGCUCCUGAGUUCUGCCACAAACCUCGUCUCUGGAGAUGAGGUUAAGGCACCGGAGUCUCCGCCUGGAUCACCAGACUCCGGACCAGGUUCUCCUCCAGACUCUGGCCCCGGUUCACCACCUGACUCUCCAUUCUCUGCCCCUGGGUCCCCUCCGGAUUCGGACUUUGUUCCUGACACCCCACCUGCUAACUCCAAGAAACCCCCCAAACCCAGUUCUGUGGAGCAGGAAGAGAAGCCCCCAGCAGCUGAAUCAGCUCAGCCUCCAGCUCCAAAAGUGAUAAGAACCUGUCCUCUAUGUACCGUGGAACUGAACGUCGGAUCAGCAGACACGCCUAACUACAACUUGUGCACCGAGUGCAAGAAGGACGUGUGCAAUCUUUGUGGAUUCAAUCCUAAUCCUCAUUUAGGAGAGAAAGAAUGGCUUUGCCUGAAUUGUCAGACCAAAAAAGCCAUGUCAAGCCAGCUGGAAGAUGUACCACCUCCAUCUACGGCUUCCACAUUAAAACAAUCACCUGCUCCUCCUGCUCCCUUCUCCUCCCCUGCCCCUGCUGCUAUAGAUAGCAAACCUGUAGUAGAAGCAGUAGACCCGUCUCCACCAGCUUCCAAGACCAAGGUAGCACCCCAAACCACACUUGAUAGUGCACCUAUUUCACCUGAACACAUGCCCUCUUCUCUUGAGAACAGCUCACAGGAAGCACCACAGUCAGAAGAAUCAAUGCAGCCGUCAGUAGAUGGGUCAGUGACUGACAAUCAUUUUGAAAACAAACCCUUAAAGUCAGAGAGUUUAGCUGAAAGUAACCCAGUUGAGCACCAACAGAUCCAUUCUGAGAAUAAAACAGACACAGAACCAUCGGACAGUAACCAACAAACACAGAAAUCUACUGUUAGUGAAAUCCCAGCAGUUGAGCAACAACAGAGUAGCCCUGAGACGGCAGCAGAUCAUUCCUUUCAUGACACAGAGAUUUCCAGUGUCAAGCAACAAGAACAGAGAACUAUUGUCAGUAAAGUCCAAGCCGUUCAGCAGCUACAGAGUAGCUCAGAGAAUAUGGCAGAGAACUGCUUCCCCUUUGUGGAAGGUAACAAACAAACACAAUUGACCAACACAGAUUUAGACAAAACAACAGCUUGCAUAAAGGUAGAUACUAAACAAGAUAUUGAGAUUACUCAAAGUGAGGGUGGAACUCCCUCAACAAAUCAUGAGAAAGUAGAGCCAAGUCCAGAAAAGCUCCCAGAAGAGACAACAAAUUCAGCUGAGCAGACACUUGAGGAACCCCUAAUAGCAAAACCCCAAGUCUCCUCAGCAGGGCAAAUACCAUCCGAUAAUGCAUUAGAUAUCAACCAAACCUGCAUCAGUGAAAAACUUGAGGCAGAUAGUGUUAAAUCAGAUAUUGCAAAUACAAUAACUGGAAAUGUGAUAGUAGUUGAACCAGUAUCUUCUGUAGGCUUCGUUGACAAAGCUGACACCCCUGAAUGUAACAGGUCUGAUCAACAAUUCCAACCAAAAACAACAAUGUGUGCAGAAUCUGAAAGUUGUUCAGCAGUGGCAAAAGAGCAUUCUGUCUUAACUUCAGAAGUGGUACUUCAGACAAAUGAAAUGGGAAACAAGCCCACAGAGAAAGAGAUGAUACCUACAACACAUGAUAUAGUAAAAAUAACUCCUGGUGUGGUUCUGUUAGAGGAAGAUUCUGAAGUUCUUGAGAAAGCACAGGAAGAGAAUACUUUUAAAAAUACAGAUCCCUUGAAAGUUAUUGAUAAUAGGGAAACAGUUAAAGAGAAAAUGUCCAGGGGGGCUGAUAAAGAAGGAUCACUUCACUGUAAACUAAAUGUAGAAGCUACAAUAGCUAAUAAUGGGGAUAAUUUAGAAGAGGGGGGAAUUGAACAAAACACAAUUAGAAAUGCAAAUGAUCCUAAACUCCUGGAUAUAGGCGAUAAUAAAGCAGGUACAAGUGAAGCAGUUGCAAGUUCUGAUACAGCAAAUAGUUGGCUUCAAAUGGAGAGAAGUGAGUUAGAAAAGUCAGGAGAGCCAGUUGUGGGUGUCCCAGCGCAAAUCCCAACAAAAGAUGUCGUUCAGCUAAAUCAAAAGGUACAACCAGAAACAAAGUCUGAGCCUACUGAAAACACUCAUGUGGAAAAUGUGUCUUUGGUUAGAAAAGACAAAGCUUUACUAAAAAAUGAGCAACAAACCUUUGAAGAGCCAAUGUUAAAGUUGGAGGAGAAGCUUGACAAAGCAGUGGUUAUCUCUGACCCCCCACCUCUCACACCAAGAGAGCAAGAAGAUGUUGAGGUGCCAGUUAGAAGUAUAAAACUUGCAUCAGCCUCAGCUGUUCUUAGUGAGACAAUACUCAGAGAUAAAACCUGUGAGGAGAAACGCUCCUUGGAUGAGGUGGAGGCUGGUUCACAAACGACAAGCAGUGCUGCUGAAAAUCAAAGUGAACCUCAGAAAAAUUCUGAACUGUCAAUCAAGGAUAGGGAAGCAGAAAAUGACAAGAAAGAGGAUGAGUCACAGUUUGUUGUUGGCAACAGUCUGGAAUUUAUUUCAGUAUCUGAGGCAAGUGCAGAGUGCCACAAAGAUGGCACCCUUUCAUUUGAUGUAGGAGUAAGCACAGCAUCAAAGAAGGGUGAAGUAUCAGAGGGUCCACCUGUGUUGGUUCCUGUAGCAAAACCUAAAAUCCAGUCUGUAGUUGGUGAGCAGGAUGAAGGCUCAAAUGAAGACACGAAGAUAAUGGAAUCUAAAGCUAAGCCUCUGGAAAAGCACAGUGAAGAAAUCUCUAAGAUUGAAACAAUGGAAACAUUCAAAGAUCCUGAAGAAAAUGAAGUAAGAAUCAAGGAAGGAAGUCCCACCAGCCCCUCAGACUUGUCAAAACUGGAAAAGACUGUCCUUCCAAUUCUUGAAGCCCAGGAGAGCACACAAGAAGAGAACAUGCAAACUGGUACUCUAAAGACCAGGCGUAAAUUAGAGGUUUUCCCCCUCUCACCUGAUUCUCCAAGUUCGGAAGAGGAUAAAGGACUUUUGAAGAAUGAUAUUAAUACUACAAAGAAAAAGCUCCUUGUGCCAAUGGAUGUCAAGGCAGAUUCUUUGGAUGACAGCAGUGAAAGCCUUGAAAAAGAAAGCCCAAUUUCAGGAGAGGAUGAGGAUUUUAUCAGAAGACAGAUAAUUGAAAUGAGUGAGAAUGAGGAUGCCUCCCCAUCUGACGAAGAAAAUCUAGUCAGACGAAAGAUCAGAGAAGAUGAAAAGAAACAAACUGAACAAAAGAAAACAGAAACUGUAGAGAAGAGCACAUCAGGAAAGGCCAGACGACUCACAAAGAAAACCACUAUAAGCCCAGAUGAUGAUGAUGAUAAAGAACUUACAGUCACAUUGGAUAAACCUCAUGCUGACAAAAAGGAGGAGCAAGAACUAAAACAAGAAGAACGUCAAAGCAGUGUUGCAGUUCGCAAAUUCCAAACUAUGGAGCUUAACAUGACCAGCAUCCCUAUACAAAUACCCAAUGUUGACGGAGAGCCUGAUAUAGAAAGCCUGACAGACUCUCCAGAUGACCGGUCAAAGGGCGAGGGGUCAUCUAGUUUGCAUGCAUCUAGCUUCACUCCGGGAACAUCCCCGACAUCUCUCUCAUCACUGGACGAUGACAGUGACAGCAGUAGUCCAAGCCAUAUUCGUACUGGUGAGGGUAAACAGCACAGGAAAGCCAAACAUAGACAAGCUGGUCAAAUGCUGCCAACUAUUGAAGACUCCUCUGAGGAAGAAGAGUUACGGGAGGAGGAAGAACUACUCAGGGAGCAAGAAAAACAGAAGGGCUCAGGAAAAAAGUCAAAGAAAGACAAAGAGGAGAUUCGAGCGCAGAGAAGACGAGAACAUUCAAAGACUCCACCAAGCAACCUUUCUCCUAUUGAAGAUGCCUCACCAACUGAAGAACAAAGGCAAGAAGCAGAAAUGGAGGAGAUCAGACGAUCAUCCUGCUCUGAUUUUUCCCCAAGUAUCGAUUCGGAUUCUGAGGGGCUUGGAAUUCAUGCUGCAAAAAUCGCAGCUGUCCAGAAAACAUAUCAGUUGCCCACAUCAGUGUCGCUUCACUCUCCAACAGAUGAUCAAAUUGCUGAUAAGCUUCAGAAAAAAACUCUGAAAUCUGCUGAUGAGGCCUACGAAGAAAUAUUGCUGAGAGCUAAGUCUCCAACCACUGAAAAAGUUGAAAUUCAACCUGAAAAAGGGUCUUUUUAUGGAGGCAUGCUUAUUGAAGAUUAUGCCUACUCAACUUUUAUUGACAGUUCAUCUGACUUGGAAGAACCAGAGAAAAUUACAGUUCCUGUUCAGCCUAAAAAGCUAAGGUCACCUGAUGAAGUUUAUGAAGACAUGAUAAAGAAGAGAAAGGAGUUCAUUCAACUUGAGCAGGAAUAUGAGAACAUAAAACCAAAAAAUGAAAUGCCUAAUCCUGAAAUUGUGCUACAACCUGCUGAAAAUAACUUCUCCAAAAGUAGCACAAUAACAUUAGGCAAAGAUGCAAAGCCUUUGUUGGAUGCUGAAACUGCCUAUGAAGAGCUAAUGAAAAAAGUUCUGACACCUGGAACAAGUCCAACUCAUCCUGAACCAGAAGUGGAAAUAUCUGCACCAAAAAAGGCUCUCCAUUCCAUUCCAGAUUUAAAGGUAACACAGUGCUCUUCAGGAGAGUUAUCAUCUGAUGACGAAACUGCAGGUAAAAAGGAGCAGGAGAAAGAUACAGUAUCAGAUGUGAAACUAGAAAUGGCAACUGAGCCUGUGAAUGAGGUUUUUGAGUCUUCUCCAUCAUCUACUUCAGAUCAGCAACCUCACACAACAGUCAUAGCGUCUCCGGUUGAUCUUGUAGACUUGUCAAGUCCAGUUCCAAGAGCAGCAGCCCCUGUGAUUGCUAGUGUAUCUCCUUUGCCCACAGUUCCACAGUACACACCAGGUGUAUCCAGUGUAGUGUCAACAGCCCCACCUGUCCCACCAAAGCCAAAUGUCUUACGUAAAGCUAACUCUCAGGAAAAAUCAGAAGAACCUGUUGCACCUCCACUGCCACCUCCCACUCCACCAAAACCUACUGUUUUUCCCAGAAAAGCCCCUGUUCCUCUCCCAUCUCAGACCCCAUCUCCUCAGAAGAAAACAGAGUCAGUGGUUAUGACUACGCCACAAGGAUCUCAUGUAAGACAAACAGUUACUCCAACAUAUAAACCUCAUGUUCCCCCUCCUGUUCCUCCAAAGCCAGCCAUUCCUCCAGGGAUUGGAGACAGUCACAGACAAGGACAUGGUGCUAAACCACCAAUUGCACCAAAGCCUGGUUCACAACCAUCUUCACCUGCUCAUGCCCCAUAUCCACCAAGACCCACUGUACUUCCCACUAGUCAUAGUGACACAGUCCUCAAUCUGAGCCCCUCUUCAGAGAGAAAGACAUUUCAACCCUCACCAAAGUCUCCUUCUUCUCCAAGAUAUGCCAGCAGUCUUUGUGACACAUAUGUAGUCAUCACACUGCCAUCCCAGCCCAGCUCUCCAGUUGACAGUGUCACAACUCAAGCACCCUCCAGCCCUGAGCCACCAGCUCAUUCACAUCAAGUUCAGCCUAUAAGUUAUUACCAACCACAGCCUCAACCACAAUCAUAUUCACAGCACCAUGAACACCCAACUCCACCUCAAACAACCAAGGUGCCUCUGGCAUAUACACGUGUCACAGAAUCUAUUGAAAGCCAAGAGAUUUGUAGCCCAGAAAAACAUGUAUCUAGUUCUUGUCAUAUAAUUGAGGCCAUAUCAGCCUCGGCACAGCUACCUGUUGCCAUGCCUAACCUCAUUUCUCAAGUGGUUACCACAGAAGUUCAAAGAACCACUGUCUCUGUUGUUCAUGAAAGAACACCACCACCAGUACCAGCUCCAAGGGCAAAUGGUGUCCCAAUUUCAAUGGAAAAAACUAAGCCUCAGAUGGCAGCACUGAAUGAACAGGCCUCUCAACCCUUCGAAGUUGUUGAUCUUAGAACUGCAAAGGUGGAUUCAGAAUCAUUUAUGAAUGGUGUUGAUCUGUCCACUAGCCCAGAUUCGAGAUGUCAGUCUUUUACAAAUGAAAUCUGUCGUCAAAACAGUGCAGUACAAUCACCUGUGGUCAAUCUCAGCACUGAAUCAUCCACCGUUUCUAUUGUAUCUGAUAGCAUCACCAUUGUGACCUGUGCUGCCACAAUCCAUCGAUGUGACAGUGUAGACCUCUCUCAAACAUCUUCAGUGCCUCUUCAGCUUACUAAAAACAAAGCAUUUGAACCAGUUUCCCAAAUUAUAUAUCGACCAGUUGAUUCUCAGCCACCCACUCUUGUUACAACAGAAAUUCCAAUUAACCUCUCAAUUGGAUCAAACACAAGUGUAGGAAAUUUUCAAGCUACUCCAGUUACUAUUGGACCAACUUCUGUUGCAAGCUAUAUUGCCAAUGGAUUAACUACAGGGAUAACCACAGUGGCAGGAGCUGUUGAUCUCAGCACAACAAAACCUUUCAAUACUGUGGUGUCAGUGGAUGCUACAUCUGCAGAUGUUGUUACAGCUGUAAUCACAGAUGAUGGCAAACCAGUGGAUCUGACAGCAGGAAAAAGAGCUGUAUGCUGUGAUGUUGUGUACAAACUCCCAUUUGCAGGAAGUUGUGCAACUCAGCAACCUACCACACCCCUACCUGAAGAUCGCUUUGGAUAUCGUGAUGAUCAUUAUCAAUAUGAUCGAUCACCUUAUGGCAUGAGAGGGUUUGGUGGAAUUAAACCAUCUAUGUCAGACACCAACCUAGCAGAAGCUGGGCUAUUCUUAUACAAAAGUAAGAACAGCUAUAAUUUCAUUACCACAACAGAAGGUGCAGUAGAUCUCACCUCAGCAAAGAUAUCGGAUGCAGGUGAAGCUGUUGACUAUUCGAAGAAAGGAGGUUAUGCAGGAAUGAAAAUUCCACCGCAGUCACAAACCAGUGUCACAAGUGAUGUCAUUUCACUUUUUGGGACAACCAGUGUUUUGAGGUCAUCAAAUGGAGUGGUUUAUUCAUCUGUUGCAGCACCAAUACCGUCUACAUAUGCCAUUACUACCCAGCCUGGAUCCAUAUUUACUACAACAUAUAAUGCUGUUGCAGGUAUGCACACAAGUGACACCAUGCCUUCCCUGUCUAACCUCCAGAACUUUCCACUUACGCGAUCCCAAAGUUUCCUGUCAACCAUUCCUACUACUACAUCAGAAGAACAAGGAGAUGGACCACUCAAUCUGGAAAUCUCGAAAGGAGGUACUACUUGUGUUGAUGCCACCAUUACAACAACAUCAUUAACCCUUGACUCCUAUACUGAUGCAUCUCUGGAAGCUAUAGCUGCUUCACUUGAGGCUCUUUCCUCACCCAUGAUUCCUGGGGAUGGUCAGUAUCAGGCAGAACGCGAGAGGCUAGAAAUGGAAAAACUCAAGCAGCAACGCUUGGCUGAAGAAUUAGAAUGGGAGCGGCAGGAGAUUCAGCGGUUCCGUGAACAAGAACAGCUUCUGGUUCAGAAGGAAUUGGAGGAAUUACAAGCCAUGAAGCAGCAUAUACUGACACAACAGGAAGAAGAAAGACAGGCUCACCUCAUGUUGCAAAAAGAAACCUAUGCACAGCAGCAGCAACAACUUGAGCAGAUACAGAAACUUCAAGAACAGCUGCGUUUACAACUUGAAGAGCAAAAGUUUCGUCAGAUGUAUCCAGGUGGGGACAUGCCAGGGCAUGGCUUACAGGAGGCAAUUGUCUUGGGGCCUGAUGGUACAGUACUUUCUCGAAAGAUCACUGAUAGUGGGUGCCAGACAGAUGAGGAGGAUGAAGCUGUUAGCAAGGCUUACACAGCAGGAAGAAAAAAGAAAAGCGCUAAAAAGAGUGUUGAUAGCUGUGUGCAGACUGAUGAUGAGGAUCAAGAGGAAUGGGAGGCUCAGAAUAAAAGCCGGCAAAGUCGUCCACGUACUUCCAGAGGUGAUAGAGGUGGGCAUUCAGAGAUGUCUUUUCAAGCCCACACAGAAAUUUCUAUUCAAACUGACACAGAGGGAAAUAUUCGAAUGGACACCAAAUUGGAGUUAUCAGACUCAGAAAGGACUUCACCAAAGAAAAGAUUUACUCCCUUAGAAAUUGCCCAAUCCUCCAACUUUAAACCAGAGUUUUCUUCUCUUCAAGCCCCUCCUAAGUCUCCCAAAGUGUUGUACUCCCCCAUAUCCCCCUGUAUUUCACCUAGUAAAUCUCUUGAGUUUGUAUCCUAUGAUAAGUCACUAGGUGACACCAGCCCGCAAAAGCUAAGGGACAUUACAGAUCCAUCUAAAACCUCUCCAGCAAGUCCCAGAGGACUCAAAACUAUUCAGCGGUCCAUGUCUGACCCUAAGUCCAUGAGUCCAACAGGAGACGAAAGAACAGCAUCAGGCACCCAGUAUAGUGAAUGUCAUGCAGGAAAAGGCUCAGGUAGCACACCAACAGGCACUCAAAAGAAGGUCAAGAGAACUCUCCCCAAUCCACCUUCUGAAGAAGAAUCAACAACCACUGGCCAGACAGCAUACAGCACUGGUUCAGCUCGCCGGAGAAUGUGCCGCAAUUCUAACAUGGCACGUGCUAAGAUCCUACAAGACAUAGAUCGUGAGCUUGAUCUAGUGGAGCGUGAGUCUUCCAAGCUCCGCAAAAGACAAGCAGAAUUAGAUGAAGAGGAGAAAGAGAUUGACGCUAAGCUUAGGUACUUAGAGAUGGGAAUUAACCGCAGAAAAGAUGUACUUCUAAAGGAGAGAGAGAAAAGGGAAAGGGCCUACUUACAGAGUGUUGCAGAGGAUAGAGAUUAUAUGUCGGACAGUGAAGUUAGUAACAUUCGAGAGACUAGGUGUGUCCGAGAAAGUGGUGAAGAUGAGGAAAUUGAUGGUGUUGGGCUUGAACGUCCUAGGACAGCUCCACAUGCAGAACUUGAUGAUUUUGUCCCACCUCAAACCAAGCAUGAGUAUGGAAAAUAUUCUCAAUACCAAUACCCUCAAAGCCAGUACCAGCAGUCAAUCUAUCAGACACCACAGUCCUACCAAUCUCAUUCCAUCUACUCCUCUGUUCCUUCCCUCACUACCUCCCAACAGCAGAGCUACCACCAGAUGCUUUUGUUACAGCAAAAAGCUGCCAGACAAGCAGCCCUUCUCUCAGAGCUUGAUACAACUAAAUAUGAUGUAAUAAGCCAUCAACCUGAUCCCACAUCAUCAGCUUACCUUGGCGUCAAGUAUGACAAAUAUGGUAACCAUCUUGACCUCAGAGCCUUGGAGGUGGGAACUAUUGCUGAUAGCCCAAUGUCAACUGUCUCAGAUUCUUAUUACACUGAUGUAGAUCAUCAUACACCUCGAAGUUAUAUGCUAUUAGAAGAUGCUGCAGAGCUAGCUAAGACCUCUACAGGACUGUCUUCAUCUUAUAGUUUGGUUGAAAGGGAGCUGGCUAAGGCAGAAAAACUGUUGCGAAGAAGUGCUGCUGAUCUUGGGUCUACAGACUACCUGGGCUCCACCUCCAGACUCCAUACAUAUGGGAAAGGCCCUGAUGAAGAAGAUACAAUGGAGGAACCCUAUGAACUAAAACUUCUGAAGCAGCAGCUCAAACAAGAGUUUAGAAGAAGUACCGGUGGAACAGAAAAUUUAGAACAACUGUCAGGCCUCUCCCAACAUUACUACACCCCAAGCUCUGGUAUGUCGAGUUACUCCCAAAGGCAAUAUCCCAAGACAGAAAAGUACAGCAUCAGUCGACUUACUCUUGAGAAGCAGGCAGCUAAACAACUCCCAGCAUCUAUGUUGUACCAAAAACAUAAAACUCCGCAACUAGAUCCUAAAAUCUCCUCCAAGUAUUCAUCUAUUACAGACAGCCGAGGCUUAGAAACUGAUUAUACCAGCUAUCUGGGCUCCACCAGUGCAUCCCCAAGAACAAGUCGCUUCAUGCAAGAUGAGAUUACCUUUGGUCUUCGGAAGAAUAUUGCAGAGCAACAAAAGUACCUUGGGUCCACUUUGGGGGCCAACUUGGCUGGGUCACUAAAUUUGGGCCAGAGCUUGGGUUUAGACUUGGCAUAUCCUAGUGGUAGUCGUUCAAGACCCACAUCAAGGCCCACAUCUUGCUAUGGCCUGGAUCUAUCUAUCAAAAGGGACCUCUCAAGUUCUUCAUUGAGGCUUAAAGGAGAUGGAGAAGUAUCUGGAGAUGUUUCAAGUUAUCAAACCCCUUCUGGUCGCACCAAACCUACAAGCCUUCCUAUAGUGCAAAGUGGCCGUGGACGAAUACCUAUAGUGGCCCAGAACUCAGAGGAAGAGAGUCCACUAAGUCCUGUUGGGCAGCCUAUGGGCAUGGCUCGGGCAUCAGCUGGCCCUCUGCCCCCUAUUUCAGCUGACUCAAGGGACCAGUUUGGUUCUUGCCUGUCCUUGCAGGAUUCACAACAGCAGCAACAUAUAAGGGAAGAACCAACCAGGGGUAGGGGUUAUGCACUAUUGGAUGAUCUUCAGGGCACUAUGUCAGAUAGUGAAGCUCUAAGUGAUUCCCUGAUGGCUUUGAACAGAGACGAUGCAGCUAAUGCUUACCAUCUGAGACGAGAAGAGACAGACUGGUUUGACAAACCAAGAGAUGGACGGCAGGAGAAUGGACAGGAAAAGAAACAGGGAAAAGGUCCGUACUAUCCGUUCCCUCACCUCAGGGUCAAACUGCAGAGGGAUCUCAAAGAGCGCAGUGUCUCAGGAAAUGGUUUAGGUAUUCGUAUAGUUGGAGGGAAGGAGGUCCCUCGUAGUAAUGGAGACAUUGGAGCUUAUGUGGCCAAAGUCCUGCCUGGUGGAGCUGCAGAACAAACAGGAAAAAUUCUUGAAGGAAUGCAAGUCUUGGAGUGGAACGGUGUUCCUCUGACGGGUAAGACCUACGAGGAAGUGCAGGGACUGGUGGGACAGCUGUGUAACGAGGCCGAAGUGUGCGUCAGACUUGAUCUAAACAUGCUGUCUGAGUCUGAGGAUUCUCACCACCUGGACCUCCUGGAGCACAACACAGGGGACAGACCUCCCAGGUCUCCAGGUGUUGAUCCUAAACAGCUGGCGGCCGAGCUGCAGAAAGUGUCCCAGCAGCAGGGACCCAUGUCCGGCUUUUCCUCCACCCUCCCUGCCCCAACCUCCGCCACCUCCAGCCCUGCUCAGCCAGGAUCGCCCUCUGUCAGCAAGAAGCGCCACAGCAGCAAGAUUCCAGAUGGAACCAAGUCUCACCCCGUUUCUGGAGAGAUACAGCUUCAAAUCCACUAUGACAAGCAGCUCGGCAACUUGAUAGUUCACGUCCUGCAGGCCAGAAACCUCGCUCCGCGGGACAUCAACGGCUUCUCUGACCCAUUUGUUAAAGUCUAUCUCCUGCCUGGGAGAGGUCAGGUCAUGGUUGUCCAGAAUGCCAGCGCUGAGAACAAGAGGAAGUCCAAACACGCAGGGAAGAGUCUCAAUCCUGAGUGGAACCAGACCGUCAUCUAUAAAAACAUCCACCUGGAGCAGCUGAGGAAGAAGACCCUGGAGGUGACGGUGUGGGACUACGACAAAGGCUCCUCCAACGAUUUUUUAGGAGAGGUUCUUAUUGAUCUGUCCAACACGUCCCAGCUGGACAACGUCCCCCGAUGGCUGCCGCUCAAGGAGCAGAGCGAGGGGGACCACCACAGACGCUCCCACUCAGGCCAGGGCCGGCACGGCUCCUCUAAACCCUCCUCACAGCACUCGUCCCCCAAAACCGCUGCCGCCGCGCACGAUGUUCAGGAUUCCCCCAAAUCGUCCGUCAUCAAGAGCCGAAGCCACGGGAUCUUCCCUGAUCCAGCCAAGGACACGCAGGGGACCACUAUCGAGAAAUCUCACAGUAGUCCUGGCACAUCGAAGCCUUCCUCGUCCGAGGGCCAGAGCCAAAACCACAGCCAACGCUCUCGCUCACAUGGCGCUUCACGCUCUGGCAAAAACGCUGCACGCCACCACCAUCAGGACAGCAGCAGUGGGAGCAGCGGAGGUGCUGCCAUAGCAACGGGCGAAGCCCAACAGCAGACACAGCUGCCACAACGCCUCCAACCAAGUAAACCAAGACGUAGAUAAAGCCCACGCAGCAUGGCCUCCCUGCACUUUCUUUUGUCAUUUUGUUUCUUUAUGUUCCAUUUUUUAAAUUCUAGUUGUUCACACUUUGCCCCAUCCAGUCCAGUAUGUCGCCACGUUAUAGUCACAAAUAUUUAGAGUGAGCGCCUUACCUGCAGAGGUGAACACUGUCCUUCAUGAGUCUGACCGCCUGUCAUUAAAUCUAAAAGGGCAUAAAAUAAUGAAAUAGGCUCCGUAAAUAAAAUAAUCUAAACUAUGUAGAUUAAUAAAAGGUAUCAAGAACGUUCAUCUCACAGCCCAUUGACAUUUACGUAGUAGCACAGAUGUUUGAGAAAACAACAAAGAGCAACUAGAGAAACUGCAUUUCCUGCAAAAAU